AUGCCUGAGACUGCGGCCUGGCAACACCGCUUUGACGGGAAGCCAAUCUCAACAAUCCCCGCCAUCGCCGAACUCGAUAUCGAACGGAAUGAGUUGGCCCACACCUGGAAACGGUUUAUCAGCCUCCUCCUACCCCAGGAUCAGGUCCAAUGGGAGGAACGGCCACAAACGGUACUCGAUGUCCAGACCUUGCUCAGCAAUAUCAAAGCAUUUUGGAUGGCCCGGCCUCGACAACGGGUCUUUAGUGACUCCAUGGACUUGUGUGAUCGACUCCUCCCGACUGUCGACACUCACGCGACCCUCCUUUCUACCCUUCCAGACCCUAUGGCCUAUACCCCCUUAUUCUACGGAGUCCUGCAAUCAGUGAUCAAGGCAUCGUCUCAUUACCCACGGGUAAUGGAGGGCUUAGCUACUGCCCUGCUAAAUAUUCACGAUGCUCUAGGUCUUCCUAACGAUUCGAGCGUACUAUCCAACGCUGUCGAACAUAUUACGAAAACCUACGCUCUAAUAUUCUUCUUUUUGACCGAAUUCAUGGACUGGUAUGUUCGAAGGUCCACGUGCCAGUUGCUUAAUAUGCACAGCCAGGAUGUGUACUCGGAAUUUCACCACCUGGUCCUCUAUAUACAACUGCAAGCACAGAACCUUCCAUGGCAGCACGUGGCAAUGGAAGUCGACGAGGAGGAGGAGGAGGACCCGGAGAGCCCUAGGGCACUUUGGGAGAAGUCCCGGCUCAGCCAAGUAGGACGCCGAGGGAAAGACCGUCGGAUAGCGGCACAAAAUACCAUCACCCGACGGCUCAUCUGGGAGAUUCAGCAAGACGCAGAGGAGCGUAUUCGGUAUAGGGAGGGUCGGGAUCGGUUGUUGGCAGAGACAUUGAGUUCUGUGCGCGAGCAACUGGAGCCCGUCAGUGAACAAAGUGAUGGCAUUGUUUGCAUAACCACGCCUCCAGCUCCAAAUAUAGACACAUCCUCUUUCGAAUGGUCGAGGGGAUCCAAGCGUCGCCUCGCACGACUCGAAAUCCAAAGCUCAUCCAAACAUCUCCAGGACUUCUUCGAUAGUGACGAUCAGAUUUGCGACUACGAACCCGAUGUCAAGGUCCUUGCCGAGGGUAGUAUCGUUGCAUCUCUACAACAAUGGGCCACCAGUUCGCGAUCUCAGGCCCUAGCCGUGGGAGGGACUCAACCUACCGCCUCCCUCGACCCGGUGGCUCUAAUUUCAGCCUGCUACGCCUCCUUCGCACGUCAAGCUCGAUUACCCGUCGUCUCUCAUUUCUGCGCCCUUCCUGACCAGGAAGCCAAAGGGCUGAGUCUACAGGAGCAAGGCUUAGUCGCCCUCACCUACAGUAUAAUCCGGCAAUUAAUCGACUGGCUCCCUCCUCUAGUCGACAGCGACGCUGUACUGGAUCUCAGCGCCGAGCGGUUCCGCCAACUAGACGGAACUCUCACCAGCUGGAAAGCCGCUCUAUCGCUAGUCGACACCCUCUUACAAUCCGCCCCACCACUCCUGGUCUUUAUAAUCGACGGCCUAGACGCCAUCCACAAUCCGUCUACGGACGCUGCAGUCCGCGACCUUGUCCGCGUCCUGCUCACACACACCCGGCGCCAACCACAAGGCGGUCUCAACGGCCAGGGCCCUACUCUCCUCCUGAAGGUUCUCUUCACCGUUACCGGAAGACCGAGUGCCCUGCUCGAGACCAUGUCGGAACACACUCUCAUCCUCACUGAAACCCAAACAAACCAACCCACACCGUCCGAAUCGGUCCUCACAUCGGAUCUCGGAGCGGUCAUGAUGAAUGCAUGA